GCCAUGAAAUGGCUUCUCUACUGAAAUGCAGAGAUCCUUCUCCAUUCCUUGAAUAGAGACGGACCCAAACAAGGAGAGAGAGAGUUGGAGAUAUUGAUGGAGUGUAGUGGUAAAGGCCCAAGAUGGUCCCUCAAGGGAAUGACCGCUCUUGUCACCGGCGGUACCCGUGGCAUUGGGCAUGCCGUGGUGGAGGAGCUAGCUGGGUUUGGUGCGUCCGUGCACACGUGUUCCAGGAACGAAGCGGAGCUCAGUAAGUGCUUGAAGGAUUGGGAGGCAAAGGGCUUUGUGGUCUCUGGUUCGGUGUGCGACGCGUCGUCACGUGCCCACAGAGAGAGGCUCGUGGAGGAGGUGGCUUCUGUUUUCGGUGGCAAGCUCAACAUACUUAUAAACAAUGUCGGGACAAACUUCCGGAAGCCAACCAUUGACUACACUCCUGAAGAUUUUUCUACCCUCAUGACGACCAACUUUGAAUCUACCUUCCAUCUCUGCCAACUUGCACAUCCUCUUCUAAAAGCAUCUGGAAUGGGAAGCAUUGUGUUCAUUUCCUCUGUUGCAGGUGUGGUGAGUAUAGGUUCUGGAUCCAUCUAUGCAGCAAGUAAAGCGGCGAUGAAUCAGCUUACGAAGAAUCUGGCUUGUGAAUGGGCAAAAGACAAAAUCAGGACCAAUUGUGUUGCACCCUGGUAUACCAGAACCUCGCUUGUAGAGCAUCUGAUUGCUAACAAGAAGUUUAUGGAAGAGGCAGCCUGUAAAACUCCUCUUGAGCGUAUUGGGGAACCAGAGGAAGUCUCAUCCUUGGUGGCAUUCCUUUGCCUACCUGCUGCUUCUUACAUAACCGGACAGACCAUUUCUGUUGAUGGAGGAAUGACCGUGAAUGCUUUUCAGGCAAUGGCGACACUAGAUUGAGCAAAUUUGCCAUUUUUCCCUCCCCCAAUUCACACAGCAUGGAACCUGCUAAACUGUUCCUCAAAUAAAAAUCAUGUUCAUUGCAGUUAUUUACCCCAGUUGACUACGCAAUUAUUUGCUGAUUUCCAUAUGUUAAUAAGCUACAAUUAUGCAUCUAAUGUGUUAUUUGUUGUUGGCUGCUUCUA